CUUUAAACUCUUUUACGAGAUGCCAGGUGGAUCACCUUUCAAAGGAUCUUGGUUCUAUUUUAAAAGCUGGUGCUUUCUUUUGCCUCUUGCUUAUUUCACUUCAUUUUUAUAUAUGUUUAUUCCUUUCAGUGGUAUUUUCACUCAAGUUAAAGACUAUCAUGUAGAAGAAUGCACCAAAAUAUCAGGCCCCAAGGAUUUCAUAAACUGUGAAGAUUUUAUCAUGUCGAAUGAUACUGGCAUUGCCUAUGUCACUUGCGAUCCUUCUCGUACAAAGUACAAUAAAGUCAUGGGCAUUAACAACUUAUUGCCCGGUGAACGUCCAUCCAAUGCAGGUAUUUGGCGAGUAGAUUAUGCUAGUGUACCUGCUUCUAUUGAAAAAUUUACGGUUGAUGUUCAACAAACCAAUGUCAUGUCAGACUAUCACACGCUUGGUAUCAAUGUCGAUAUUCAUCCCGAGACAGGCGAAAAGACUUUGGUCACUGUUAAUGUCCCUCUUGAUGGCAUACCUUCCGUUGAAUUCUUUACUCUGGACGAUAACAGUGUUCAUCUUGUUCAUAAGCGUACUGUUCGUGAUCCCAAGAUGUACAAUCCUAAUUCUAUUCACAUUAUCAAGGACGUUCGCUUCAGAGCUGAUGAUGGUACACCUUCCUUCUUUUUCUCCAAUGACCACUACUUCCAUAACCGUUACUUGAAGAUGAUUGAAAACUACUUUUUUUAUUUAAGUAAUGUGGGCUUCUAUAAUGCUCGUACUGGUCGAGUAGAAAAGGGAGUCAAUGGCUUGUUGUUUGCCAACGGUGUUACUGGUACAGACAAUGUCUUGUUCAUUGCUGAGACAUACAGACGUAGUGUCAAGCAAUACAAGAUGGCGACUACACUAGACAGUCAAGGUAUGCCUCAUAUUCAUCUUGACUAUGUCAAUGAAGCCAAGUUUAACAUGGCUGUUGAUAAUCUUGAUUAUAAUGCCGAGAAGCAACUCUUGGUUGUCGCUGGUCAUCCCAAGCCUUUGUAUUUCCUUCAAUACAUCAAGAAAAAGAACAAUGAUGACAUGGUCAAACCUCCUUCUCAAGUGGAUAUUUGGGAUGUAGUCUCUGGUGAAACAAAAACUUUAAUGCAAGAUGAUGGUGCCUUGUUUGGUACUUCAACUGCAGGUUCACUUGAUUUGACAAACUCCAAGUUGGUUGUUUCUGGCCUUUACGAAGAAGGCUUGCUUGUCUGUGAUCUUUAAACCUUAUUUGUAAUAAAAACAGUAUAUCAAGAAAAAAAGUAUGC